ACAAAAUCCAAUUGGGUGACCAAAACUCAAAUUGUUUUUUUUUUUUUUUUAAAGAACCAAACCUCAUAUUGAAAACCAUAAAAGAAGGUUGUGAUCAAUGUAAGAAAGUUUUAUUAUUCUUGUUCAAAAUUACAAUUAAUCUGAAGAGUAGAAUGACCAUGAAAAUCUAUUGCCCAUUUUGUUAUAAGAGAAGAGUUCAUUAAACCUAGAAACUAAGCGUUGGAUGACUCUUUCGAGUGGAAACGACCAAGUACAAGUUCAUAUAAUUCAAACUAAACGCUAAAAUUGAACAAAACACAGUGAUUUUACUGAAUUUAAGAUUUUAAAACCAAAUUUCAUGGGGUUUUAAGGUUCAUAAAUGUAAGAGAUAAAUCAGAAUUGGAACUUACAUAUCUAAUCGUAAAAUCGUCUUCAUCACCUCUCUUCUAGCUCUCCUUCACCUCUCUCCCAGCCCACAAAACUUGUAUUCAAAAUGAUUACACACAAUAUUUUCUUUUGAAUCUCAUCUAAAAAGACAGGAAAGAAAUCACUGAAAUUUUAGAAUACUCAUCUAAUAAGCGUUGAGUUAUCAUUAGUAAGGGUUUAGGGAAUGAUUAUCCAAACGUUCGAAGAAAAAAUAACAAAUACCUCACAAUUGCCUAUAAUUAGAAAUUCAUAAGUCAAAAACAUAUCAUCGACCUCUCAUUUCUAAACUUUGAUCAACAACAUAUGAUAAAGUAUAAAUACAUAGUGAAGGAAGAAGCAGGGAUGAAUUGGAUAUAGAGAAGAAGCACAAUAGAAGGAAGAAGUUGCUCUAAAAUGUGUCUUCUCUAACUCUUACCUAGCGGCCAAUAACGCUCGAGAACGGAACAAGGAAAUUGAUUUUUUGUUUGGUUUUGAGUUUUGAUGGGAAAGAGAGUAAAAAGUGAUGUUUUUCUUUCCAUCAGAUUGAUCAUUUUUGUUUCCUUUGCACAUAUUUGUUGAUUUGUUCCUUUCCUAAGUUUUGAUUUUUUAGAAUUUUGAGAUCUGUAGCUACCCCUUGUGUAUUUGUCCCACUGCAACAUCAAGUUUGGAUUUUUCCACCCCACGAAGCUUAUGGAGUCAAUUAAGGUGUUUAGUGUCUCUAAUUAUUUGUUCCCUUCACAGGAUGCAGUAGCACAUACAAUUGGGCAUGUCGCUGCAACAGUGAGCUAUGUCUAAGGUUGCAGUUUCAUUCACUCACAUUAUCAAGAGUGACGAGCCAGCAUUCAGUGUCUUGGUCUCUAGAUUUAUCUUGGGAGAGUCUUUCCCUGCCGGAGUCUGCUUGUCCCUCCUGCCAAUUAUUGGUGAUUGUGCUCUUGUUGUUGUCACUGAGCUCAACUUUAACAUGACUAGUAAUUUUUGAUUCAUUGCGUGCCUUUUCAUUUUGAUCCAUCUAGAUAACCCAGCUCGAAUUCAACCUUUGCAUCUUCUGAAAUGAAUUCUCAUUUAAUCCAAGCACAAAUGCAAUUUAAUUUUGAUUGUUUUCUUCUGUAAUUUUGUUUUUUGGCCUUCUGACAAGCUAUGUGACAUUUAUUUGGUCUUAGUCCUCUACUCCUCGGAUAUAUCUUAUUGAUGAUAUAUUUACAAUUCCAAUCAAACAAAGUCGAGUCUAAUUGUUAGAUGGAAUUUAAGAUCCUUCGACACUUAGCAGGAGGUAGGAAUUGUUAGGAGUGACUUAUGAGCAUCAUGUGAUGUGAGGAAAAAUGUUUUUUACUUGCCUACCUAAUCUUAUGUGGCAGGUGUGAUGUUUCUUUCUUGGCCUUAUUGUGAAUCAGGGGUCACAAUCUAAAGCAAUAAUGGAUGGAUGCCCACCUAUACUUUGUUCUAAGAAUAGCUUGACUUGGUAUAAGCAAAAAUCCAAGCAUGGGAAUAUGCUCUAUGUUUAAUGAAAGCCUGAAACCAACAUUUUUUUAAGCUUUGAUGUAUGGGCUUAUUAGAAGUGUUGUGUUUUUUUUGGAUGCAGGCUAAGUAGUGAUCCAUAAGUGGGGAAAAAGAAGAAAGGAAGAGAUGUCUAAAAACAAUUAUUGUUGAUUAGUAGGAUUUGGAUAAGCAAAGGUAAAAUGUGCAUGAUGAAGUCAAUGAAGAAAUUGUUUUGUCGAAGAGGAUGGUCAGUGAAAUGCCGGCAACAGAGAUAAUGAGGACUAGUUUUCCAGUAGAUUUUUCUUGUUUCAGCCUUUUUUAGAUAAAUAAGAUGAAAUAGCUGAGAGGAAUAGAAACGAAAAGAUGGUAGGAAUGAUAAUAAUAAUAAUGCUAAUAAUGUUGUGUCCCAUUAACAGCGCCAACAAUAGCUGGAAGCUGUCGGGGGAGUGUGAGUACUGAGGGAGAGAAGGAAACCCUCCUUACAGAGUUUCUUCUGUGAUUUCUUGCACCAUUUGUGACUUAAGUUUGAUUUUGUUUCAUAGUUUAUUAUAUUGCAACUAAAUCAUGUGAGUUUCAUUUUUAUUUCAUUGUUAUUUUGUCGUGUCUCAAAACUUGGAGCAGGAGGAACAUUCACAUUAAUGCAAUGGGAAAACCAAUUACAUACGUUGUUCAUGUUACCACUAAGUCAUUUAUACAAUUCAACACAUGUUAAUAUCAUUGUAUAAUAUCAAUACACGUUAAUAUCAUUGUAUAUGCAUCAAUGCAAUUCACAUGCAAUAGCAUAUGUAGAGGGUUUAAGUUAUUUUCUAAUAAAAUAAAUAAAUGAUUGAUUUAUCCUAUGUGACAUGCAUAAUUAAUUUCAACAAAUGCAAACUUGCAUAUUUUGCACGUGUCCAUUACAUUGGUGCAACUCAUUUUGAAGUUGCAUAUUGAGUGUUAUGAGGACUAGUUCUCAUUGCCCGCGCUCCGCGCCGGGAUGUAGGUUAUUGAGGCAUACUUAUUUGGGAAUCAAAAUAUAUAUUAGAAGAUGAAAGUGUUCUAUAUGAAAAUAAGCAGCAUAAUGACUAUAUCAAUAUACACAUCAAACACCCGCUAAUAUCAUAGAUAAAAUAUGAACCGUCUAAGCAUCACAAUGUUGAUUUUCAAUAUAUAAUGGCAAGGUUAUUUGUCCAGCUUGAUAGAAUAAGUACAAAUUUACCUGAUAACUAAAGAAAAUUGGAUAUUGAUGGCAUAUAAGUAGCAUACCUACAAUAUGAGAAGUCAAGCAGAACCAUAACUGCGAUUUGAUUUAGUAUUCAUGCAUAAGAUUUCAAUUAUCUUCAGCUGUACAAACGCUGAACUUCCCAUAGUAAAUGAAACUUCCAAAUGAUAUUUCAUGAUGAAAUCCUAGGACGACUGAAUCAUCAUCCAAAAUUACCCAAGGCUAAACAUGUUACACAAAAGAGAAACUGUGCAACAGCUUUUUGUAUCUUUGCCUAAAGAAUACGAAACACAAUAACCAAUCUAAUUUCUAAUUCAGUGGUGUUUGGUAAUAAGUGAGGUCUGGAGGGAGCGUUGCCGAAGACUAUAUGGCCAGAGAAGGCUCACAGUAGAAGAAUUGGUCCGGAAAAUGCAGAUGGUGGUGGAAGCAAAGGUACAAGGUGAUCUGGUUUUUGCAAGCUCCCCAGCUAUUCAGAAGCUCUGGUAUAUGGAGGGACGUUUCGGUGGUGGUUGAUAGUGAGUGAGAACCCAAUUACUUGUAUAUUUUAGUUGGUUAAGAGCUAUAAGGGCUUUUUGUUGAUUGUUUGUAGACUUUUGGAUCGUAUUUGAUGAAUAAAAUCCACCCAUUCAUCGAAGAAGGAAAAAAAAAAUUCUAAUUCAGUGCUGCACAAUAUCAAAAUCUGCAGCAUUUGGAAACCACGAGCAUAUCAUAGAUGGAAGGAGACAGCCUGAUGACAUUGACUGAAGGGGGAGCAAUGGUGGUACAGUACAACACCAAAGAAUGAAUCUGGAUUUCCCUUUCGCACAGCAGACAUUUAACUUCACUGAAUCACUUUCCGGAUUCUUUCCUCUGCAGAUCGCCACAGUUUCAAGUCGGUAAAGAAGAAAACAGGCAGAUGGAUGGGUGGGAUGGAUUUGGUGGACUACCUUUUAUUGGUUCCCUUCUAAAACAUCAAUUGCAAUCAACCAUUACCUAUGAAAUAAAAAAAAUAGUCAUAACAUGAUAAUCCUCGCCGCAGAAAGGGAAAAGUUUAGUUCAAGAAAUAGGGAAGAAGAUUAGUCACUAUAAUAUUAUACCUUGAAUUAGAGGUCCAUGAUCACCCACCCUCCCUGCCCUGGCGGCUAGAUCUGAAAGUUGCUUCACUUUGACAGUCCUUACCUACAUUUAACCACAAUCCCACUAUCAAUAUAACCCGUACUAAGAAAAAUGAUUGAUUUGGGUUUUCUGACUCACACAUGCCGCAACGACCACCAGCACCAGCGAAAACAUUUCUAUUAGAAACCUCGCAGAUCUUAGAAUGAAAUAUUGAAGCUAAUAGAAAGUUCUAAUAACGCAAACAACAGACAAUUCUCCGUACUUGCAUCUUCUGCAAACCCUGAUCUGCUUGUCGCCAGAAGUACAAUUUCAGCUGCAAAAUUAAAGAAACAGAGGAAUAAAUCAAGUACCGUAACUACUAUGAGCACAACAUACCCAUUAAAGAAACAACGACAUCAGAUCAAGAUCCGCUUACCCUCGUCGAUCGAUCCAAAGUUCAAGCUGAUUGUCAACUCCAAAACACAGGGCCGCACUCAAAAGCAUCAAACAAAAGAUAUAGACAUCAGAAGAGAAAACUGGUAUAGAUAACAGAGGAUCGAGGGAGGGGAAGAAAAUAGAUGGACAGAAUCAUCGGGGAAAGAGAAUAUCUUGGUCCAUGUCUGUGGUCACGAUAAUCGUGCGGAGCCUUGAUCAAUCAGGCUCAGAAGCAAAUCUGCAAGUGGAAGGGGAAAGAGAAGGGGAAUCAUCGCUUUGGAGUGAACGUUUUGGAAGUCACAAAAACCGGUUACUCCCAGUCAGCUAUUGACUGGGCAUCCUCUUAGUUUGUUGAUUCGAAACUGUGGGUGAGAAAGUGAGAUCUCAAAAAAGGAAAGGAUGAGGGAAUAUCGGAUUGGAAGGGAAAAGAGACAGAAUCGUAAGAAAGGAAAGAUGGAGGAAAGAGGCAAGUGGAGGGUAAAAUCCCCCGUCAUCUCAACCUUUUAUCUCCUAUUAAGAGACUGCAUCUCUGGUGAGAGCCGAGAAGUGAGUGGUGACGGAAACCAAUGAGAGAGAAAGGAGGUAUAGAGAACUGAGCCGGUUAGGUAAAAUGAGUGGGUGAAAAUUGUAGAGCUACGUGGCUCCUAAUCCGCCAUGUAUCCCACAAAAAUAUCUCAUCUCUCCUUCCCACUAUCUCCCAUUCCCUCUCAAGUCUCAAGUACCAAUUGCGAAAACCAAGAGACAACGCGCUGAUCAAAGCGGCCUCAUCAUUGCCACACAAAAGGACUCAGACCCACAUAUUACCAGCCGAUCAGAGGUUCCAUCACGGUCCAAAGAGAACUAGAGUAUUGGAAACCAACCAGAGACCACCGUACGCUCGCCCACACCAAAGUACAAUCCAAGUUGUAACAGUGUAACUGAGUCUGUAUGUGCAGUAAAAGGAGUCAGGAACUCAGGAUGCACAGUAAUCGACCCCUAGUGGGUUUUCUUUUUUCAAUUUGCAAUUGACCAAACACUAUUUAUGUAAAUCCUCUAAGGGGUCGUUUGGAUGGGUUAAUUGGUAAUGUGGUAUUUGUAGAGUCAAAAAAACUCAUUUAUUGUUCAUGUGGUAUUUCAGUGUUAUUUAAGUGGUAAUUGAAAUAAAGUAUCUCGUUUGGUUGAACCAUGCAAAUGUGGUAUUUGACAUGUGGUAGUUGGUAAAAGCAGAGUGAUAAAAUGAGUUGUUUCGAAAUAACACAUGGGUAUAAGUUAUUUCAAAUAACUCGUUUUGAGUUAUUUGUAAAUAACUCACUGUCCAAAUAACUCAUUUCAGUAAAACGCUGCCAAACGAGUUAUUUGCGUCCAAAUAACUCAUUGUGAGUUAUUUGCGUCCAAAUAACUCAUUGUGAGUUAUUUGAACCCAAAUAACUCAUACAAAUACUCCAUCCAAAUGACCCCUAAAUGAUGAGGCCAGUUUUGCUGGUUAAAAAGAUACUUGUUACUCUUAAUGCAGUCAAAAGUAAAAUUCUAUGUAGAGAAUUGAAAUCGAUUCUAAAAUGACAUCGUAAGAUUUUGAUACACAUGUAGAAACUAACACUUAGAAUGGUUGAUAAUACCCAAAAAAAUAAAAAAAAAUUCAAGGAAAAGUUAUCCAAAAAAGCAUGUCAUCAAUAAUACAUAACAUCAAAUAGUGUAACUUUUCAACUCAAACUUUAAUCGACACAAGUAUCGAACAAAUUCGAAUUUUUACUUUAACAUAAACGCAAAAAUAAGCAACCUAAUAUCUUAUCAUAAUCACUUGUUCUAGUUGAGCAAGAGCUCCAAACCUCCCAUGUUCGUCAUUUAGUAUAGCUACAUUUGUUGGCAAUACCUUACUGUCCUGAUUUUGAGUAUUUUAUGUCUGAACCGAGAUAUGCAUUGGAAUGUUACUCUGCCACUGGACUUUUGUUCUGCAAUUCCACUUUUGCUGCAUCAUCCUUUAAGUUUUUUUUUUAAAGUGGAGUGGUCGUUUCAUUAAUACGAAUCAUCCUUUAAGCAGUGUUGACGGAGGGAACUAUUUUUUUUUUCUACGAUGAGUCUCCUACUCCCUGUUGGAAGUUGAUUGACUAAGCUAAAGUUCAAGUGUUAAUGAAAAAAUAUAAAAAAUAUUUAGAACUGAAAACAUCUAUACUAAUACAGAGAGCAAGAGGAGGACUCUGGAAGGUCGGUGUUCAAAGCUCGCAGCCACGGCCGGCACCGGCUAUCACUCCUCACUCGAGUCGUCGAGUCAAAACUCAGUCCCUAGAAUUUCUAAUUCGAUUUCAUAAUGGAAAAUCGUCGGUAAGAUACUGUUUGUUAUGAAUGAAUUACAUAAAUUUUGAGUAAUUCAUUUUGAAAUGAAUUUUUUUUGUUUGGUAUUUGAAAAAAUUCAUUUUCAAUUCUAAAUUUUGAAUUCUACGAAAUUGCAACUAGUUAUAGCAAUUUCAAGGAAUUGAGAUGGAAUUUCCAAAUGAAUUUCACCUGUAUUUACUAAUUAUAAUAAGAUGACAUAAUUAUCCUCAUUUAUUGACUAAAUUACUUCUACAUAUGUUAUUUGGGGCCAACUCAUGCAAUAUGAGAAAUCGUUGACAAGAAUUUGAUUGCAAUGCUAGUAGCAUAUGUUGGUUAUUCACUUAUUUGAUAUUUCCGCUUCAAUUGUAUCCGUAUGUUGAGAUGGCACAACUAAAGUGUAUGGUUCAUUGACAAAAUAUUAGAAGAUGAAUUUUAAUGAAUAUUGUUUCUGUCGGACAUAAUUGAAUAUGACAUACCAAAUCCAGGAAUUCAUUUGAAAAUGAAUUCUACACGGUAAUUCAUUUUAAGAUGAAAUGCGCCGGUACCUAACUCAUUCGUUUUUUCGUCUGCUCAAUUGCUUAUCCGCAAAUGGUGGCAGGCGACUUCAACCAUGGUUUGGGAGGAGCGAUCCUGGGGAUGUACUUAGCUAUUCAAUUUCACUUUAUAUUGUUUUUGCUUCUCGUUGCUUCAUUAGAGUUGCCUAUCUUGCGACACAAAAAGACUCUCACCGAUAAUUCGACUACUAAUCAACUACCGCGCUUAUCUUAUUUCUCCUCUAUGACUGAUUUUAUUAACCCUAUCUAUGCAAACGACCAAUUCUCCUAACACUAACCGUUUUAAUAACCGCAAUCCACGCAAGCAUCGACCCAAGCUCACUGAAAUUGCUUUUGCGGUUCGCGGUCGACAAAAAUUGGCUUUUCUGCGUUUAGGGUUUAGGGUCGACAAAAAUUGGUCUCACACUCAGAUUGAUCAUGGCGUCGGAGGACAAACUGAAGAAACAGAAGACUGCGGAUACUCAUGCUGACAGAUUGAGUGCUUUGGGCGAUGAUUUGCUGCUUCAUUUACUCGGCCUCUUGGAGCUUAAAGGCGCCGUGGGAACGAGCGCACUGUCAAGACGAUGGAGGUACCUUUGGACUCGUCUCACUCGCCUCGAUCUGGACGACAGCAGCUUCGUACAUCCCACCGGCGAUCGGGAAAUCGCAGAAAUCCGCAACGCAGAGUUCGCAAACCUCGUGCAGAGCGUGUUGAGACAAUGUGAACACCACCGGCCGUUUCUGAAGAACUUCCGGCUCAGCUGCAAUGCGCCCGAGGGUCCUUUCUUGUCGAAAUCGUGGAUGGAGGCGGCCGCCGGUCCUCAAAUCGAGACGUUUGAAGUCGAUUUCGGCUGCUGCACGGACAGUCUCUACGAUCUCAGCGAGAGGGUUUUUGCUUUAGAGAAGCUUCGAGUUUUGAAGCUCCGCAAGGGUUUCCGGCUUGGUGUUGAUGCUGCACGCAUUUGGCUCCCAUGUCUCAAGGUAUUAGAACUUGGUGAAAUUUCAGGGUCUAGUUCUACGUUGCGCAGUCUCAUUUCUGGUUCUCCUGUUCUGGAGACACUAGGCAUUGAACGCUUUAAAACAUUGGAUGAUGCAACAACCGUUUACAUAGAAUCUUCGUCGCUGAAGAAUGUGAAGCUGAGGGGGUUGUUCAUGUUCGGUAAUGUCUUGCCGAGAAUCGUUGUUAAUGUACCAAGCCUUGUGCAUAUGGAUUUUCAUCCAUGGCACAAUCCGGGGGCUGAAUAUGUCGUCCAUGAGUUACCUUGCCUUGAAUCUGGUUAUAUUGACCAUUGUGGUCGACUUGGAAUGCUUUCCCCGCUCAUUUUGCUCUUGAAUCGGAUUUCAAAUGCUAGAAAACUGCAGCUGACUGACUCAACAUUCCAGUCGGUUAAAUCGUGUUACCACUAUGAGCUACCACUGCCCUGGUUUCAUAACUUGACUCGUUUGACAUUGGAAGUUACCGUGAUUGAUUGGAUCACCGUGUGUAACUUACUAGAUCGUGCACCGAAUUUGGUAACCCUAGUCUUCGAGAAGUGUCCAAGCCCUGAGCCGCUGGAAGUUCUAUGGGACCCAUUGGAACCAAACCCUGAAUGCCUUCGUUCACGAAUUGAGAUCAUAGAAAUCAAGGGUUUAGGAGUGUCUUCUUCAAUCCACAGAGACUUGUUAAUGCACCUGCUGGACGUUGCAUCUUGCUUAAAGAAGAUGAUUCUUCACUGUGCCAUUGACCAAGACGCCAUUGGAAGGUUCUUACAUUCGUCCAACGAAUCAGUUUCUACCCACAGAGAACAUGUUUCACUGACGAAGCUGGAAGAGUUAUUAGCUUGUCCGAGAUCAUCAAGCACUUGUGAAGUUGAACUCUUAAGUUAUGCAGACGAUAUCUUAUGACUGAACUCCGAUAUGCAUGGGUCGUUUUGGCCAUCAGUGUUGUAGCGGGCGAUAAGGACAUGACUUAGUAACUGACCUUUGGCCUUUGCAUGUGUACUGUAUUGUGUAUUUUGGCUCAGUUGAAGUGUAUAUGUAUAUGAUCAGGACAUGACUUAGUAACUGACUUUUGUAUGUGUACUGUACUGUAUGGUGUAUUUUGGCUCAGAUGAAGUAUAUGUAUUGUAUGUUAUUCGGUGCUGGUGAUAUUCUUUGGACUUGUCCCUUUGCCUCUGGUUUUUGUUCUGCAAUUGCACUUCUGCAUCUUCUUUACAGCAGAGUUGAUGCAAGGAGCUUUAUUUUAUUCUUCCUAAAAUACAUGCAAUGUUGAUUCUUCAACGAAGCUUCUAAGGACUAAGAUUAGUGAUUCAAAAAUGGAAAAGGAAACGAUUGCAACAAGCAAAAAUGUUAUUAGUUGCUAUUAGUUGGACCGAGGUACUAAAUAUGGCUAAAUUAACAAACUCAUUAUAUGAUAUCCAGGGUUCCGAAUAUUUUUGGCAUUCCUAGUAUUCUAUCAUAUUAGGUUUUUAAUUUUUAUCAGCCUUAUUUAUGUCUUUAGCUAUAUAUAUACAUAAAGGUGUCUAUUACGGUGUACUCAUGAAAAUAGCCUCAAGAGUCAAGAUAUCAAUUUUUUAUUUUAAUUGGUAACAUUAGUGUAAUAUAACAUAAGAUUACAA